CUUCACCUUCUCCUUCACAGGCAGCUAGCUCUCCUCCCCUCCCUCCCUCCCUCCUCUGCUUCCUACCCUUUUAGGACCCUCCUCACCCCCCUUGUGGCAAUCCUAAAAUUAAUGCUCCCAUCUGCUGCUGGUGCAUCGAUCUGGUCCCUCCUCCCCUUGCUCAGGUAAAAAGAAGAAGAAGCAAGAACUGCACCCCUCCUGCUCCUAUUGCUCGCAAGAUUCUCCCUUUCUUGUCAUGCGGAGAGCCCCCAAAGAUUUUGUUUCCGCUGUCGCCGCUUCGAUUGAGCCAGUAGUUGCUCUUCUUGCCACUUCCGAUCUUUGUGCACCUGCCCUUGUUCAUGCCCUGCGCAGUGAUUCCUCCCCUCCUUUCUUUGCAGCUAGCCGAUCGCGCGUAGAUGGGAGUUCAGACAAUGUCGUCCCACGGCGACGACGGCCGCCGCGGCCUCUCGCGGCAGGGCUCGGUGUACAGCCUCACUCUGACCGAGGUGGAGACUCAGCUGGGCGAGCCGCUGCGGAGCAUGAACCUGGACGACCUCCUGCGCACCGUGCUGCCGGCCGGCCCCGCCACCGAGCCGGCGCCGGCGGCCAAGAAGACGGUGGACGAGGUGUGGCGCGACAUCCAGAGCGCCAGCGGCGCCCGGCAGCCGACCAUGGGCGAGAUGACGCUGGAGGACUUCCUCUCCCGCGCCGGCGUCACCGUCGACGCGGGCUGCGCCGGACCGCAUUGGCUGCACCAGUACCCGCCGCAGCAGCAGUACGUGGUGCCGCGGCCCUUGCCGCUCGGGUCCGGCGCCGGCCCGGCGGUGGACGGCGUCGGGGUCGGUGUCUUCCUUUCGCAGGUGGCCGGCCGGAAGCGCGGCGCGACGGCGGCGGUGGGCGGGGACGGCGUGGUGGAGAGGACGGUGGAGCGGCGGCAGAAGCGCAUGAUCAAGAACCGCGAAUCCGCGGCGAGGUCCCGGGCCAGGAGGCAGGCGUACACCAACGAGCUGGAGAACAAGGUCGCCCGGCUGGAGGAGGAGAACAAGCGUCUCAGGGAGCUCAAGAUGCUGCCACCGCUGGAGCUGCCACCGGAGCAUGAGCGGCGGCCGGUGCCCCAGCCGCCGCCGGUGCAUGAGCGGUGGCCGGUGCCCCGGCCGGAGGCGAAGCAGCCGCUCCGGCGAAGGAAUUCAGCCACCUUCUGAUGAGACGAUGGGCCGUGAAAGCUAGCGGGCGUAUGUUCAUAGGGUUGGGUCUGUGCUUGGAUAGUUGGAUGGAUGGUGUCUGUGUACCGAACGAACGAACGAACUCUGCUCUGUCUGCAGUAGCAGUGCAGAUUGUGGACGGGUGCUGCUGCAUGCAAUGAAAGCAAUGCUUCCUUCCAUGCUUGUGCUGAA